AUGAUAAAUAUUUUGCCUUAUAUAGUAGUUUUAUUUAGAUUGUCAGUUUUAAUUACUUGUAUUAAUUUAAAAGAAAAAUAUAAUUUGAUUUUGGAAAAAUUAAAUAAUUUUUUUUUUUUUUAUUUUGUUUCUUUUCUAUUAUAUAUCAUUUCAUCUUACCGUAACCCUGGAUAUGUAACCACGUGCCCUCUAACAUACGUAAAAACAAAUAAUCAAGAAUUGAAUUACAUAAGAGAUAAAAAUAAGAAAAAUUUAAAAAAAAAGAUAAAUAAAAUAAAAAGUAAUAAUUUAUCUGAUAGUUCUAUUAUUAACUAUGAGUCAUCUUUAAACUCCCUUUCCUCUUAUAGUACAUAUGAAGAAAAUCAGUAUGAUGAAUUAGACAGUUUAACCAUUUUUCAUCAUAAAAGUAAAAAUACAAUUAUAACAGAAAAAGGAAUAAAAAAAAAAUUAAAACAAUGGAAACAAUUAAUUGAUAAAAAUAAAAUUCCUAUAUUCAAAGAAAAUGAAAAUAUUUUAAACGAAAUGAUUAGAAAUCAUAAAGAUAAAAUAAAUGAAAACAAUUUAAAUGAAAUGAUUAGAAAUCAUAAAGAUAAAAUAAAAUAUAUAAAUUAUUCAAGUGAAAAUUACCAUUAUAAGAAAGAAAAGGAAAAAUGCGUAAACAAAAAAAGGAUGAUUGAAAAUGAAAAAGAAGAUAUUAUUUAUUUAAGUAACAAAAUAUUUAAAAAAAAAGAAAGUAAAAUUAUGCUUUAUAAUAGAAAUAACAAUGUUGAAAAAAUAUUAAAAAAUAAUGAUUUUAAAAAGAAAAAAUGUUGUAAUGAAAAAAAAUGUUGUAAUGAAAAAAAAUGUUGUAAUGAAAAAAAAUGUUGUAAUGAAAAAAAAAGUUGUAAUCAACCUAAUAAUAGAAAUGAAUAUAAGGAAAUUUUUGAAAAACUACAAUUUUAUCCUAAAAAAAGAAAAUACAAAUUUAGUUUAAAAAAAAUAAUAAAAAAAAACAGAAAUAAUUAUAAACCUAUGUCUUUAUUACAUAUUAAUAAAUUAAGAUACAUAAUAGUAAAUGAUAAAAAUAUUAGAGAAAAAAAUAAGAAAGAAAAAGAAAAAAAAAAAAAAAAAAAAAUUCAAAGUAUCAUUGCUCUACAUAAAAUUAAUAAAAAUGAUAUUAUAUUUUCAAAAGAUAUUAAAAAAAAUAAUAAUAUAUUUUAUUUAUAUAAUUAUAAAUACUAUCAAUAUAAUACACGUUUGAGUUAUUGUAUUAUUUGUGACAUUUUUCAGCCAUUAAGAACUAAACAUUGCAAAAUUUGCAAUCGAUGUGUCAGAACUUUUGAUCACCACUGUCAAUGGAUAAAUAAUUGUGUAGCAGAAAAUAAUAGAUGCUUUUUUUUAUUAUAUUUAUAUUUUGAAAAUAUUACAAUAUGUUUAUCUUUAAAAUAUAUUACUUUAUCAAUUUAUCAUUUAUUUUUUUAUGAAAAUGGAUGUUUCUUUGGAUGGUUAAUAAUACUAUUUAUUAUCCUAAUAUUUUUUUUUCUAAUGAUUUCAUGCUUAAUUUUAUACCAUAGUUAUUUAUGUCUAAUCAAUGAAACGACUUGGGAAAAUAUCUCAAAAAAAAAAAUUUCAUAUUUAAAAAAUGUAUCUAAAAAAUAUAAUAAUCCUUUUUUUUUAAGUUAUAAAAAAAAUGUAAUAAUAUAUUUUUGUUAUUUUCCUUUGCCUAAUGUUUCACAAAAAAUUAGAAACUUUUUAUUCCCUUUUUUUUUAAAAAAAAAUAUUAUAACUUUUGGUAAAGAAGGAGAAAUUAUAUGGAAGAAAUGUUCAAAAUCAUCUUAUAAAAGUUCUAAUUUUUUUUAUAAAAUAGCUGAGAAUUUUUCAGAAUGUAUGAAAAAUAACUUUUUAUGA